AUGGAUGAACCGUACGACUACAUGGAGGGCGAGGACGAGUACGAGGAGGAAGAGGAGGGCGACAACGCGAUCACGUCGGAGGACUGCUGGGCCGUCAUCAGCUCUUUCUUCGACACAAAGGGCUUGGUCUCUCAGCAGCUCGACUCCUACGACGAGUUCACGCGCAACACAAUACAGGACAUCGUCAAGGAGAACGGCAGCGUCAUUCUCGAGCAGAACACGCCCUACAACCCGGACGAGGACGUGGACCCCAUCAUCAAGCGCCGCUACGAGAUCACAUUUGGCCGCGUCUACCUCGCCCGCCCCACACACACCGAGGGCGAUGGCUCCACCAACCAGCUCCACCCCCACGAGGCGCGACUGCGCAACCUUACCUACUCGGGCGCCAUGUUGGCUGACAUCUCGAAUCGCGUCAUGGUCGCACGUGAGUCGAGGGAGCCGGCCGAGGGCGAGGACGAGGAAAUGGAGGGCAACACAAUUGGCACAGCGGGUGGCCCCACGCAGGUUCGCUGGGACCGUGAGGAUGCGCCCUUGGAAGGCGAGAUCGGGCGUGUCUUCAUUGGCAAGCUGCCAGUCAUGCUGCGGUCCGAGCUGUGCCACCUGCGCAAUCAGACGGACGAGGCUCUCUUCGGACUGAAUGAGUGUCCCUACGAUCAGGGUGGCUACUUCGUCAUCAACGGCAGUGAGAAGGUCCUGAUCGCACAGGAGCGCAGUGCUGCCAACAUUGUGCAGGUCUUCCGGAAGAAGCAGGGACCCAUUCCGUGGACCGCCGAGAUUCGCAGUGCUGUCGAGAAGGGCACACGUCUCAUUUCGUCUUUCAACAUUAAGUGGGCUGAGAACACGCUGAUGACCGCCGGUGGUGGUGGCAAGCGUAUGCCUGGUCCCUUCGCCUACGCCACCCUACCAUAUAUCAAGGCCGACGUGCCCAUGGCCAUCGUCUUCCGCGCCCUCGGUGUCGUGUCUGACGAAGAGAUUCUCAGCCACGUCGUCUAUGACCGCAGGGAUACGCAGAUGCUCGAGCUGCUGAAGCCCAGUAUCGAAGAGGGUUCGGCUGUGCAGGACAGGGAGAAUGCUCUGGAUUUCAUCGCCAAGCGAGGAGCGAACACAGGCACAAAGGACAGGCGUCUAAAGUUCGCAAGAGAUAUCAUGCAGCGCGAGUUCCUUCCCCACAUUUCCCAGAAAGAAGGCCAGGAUACACGUAAAGCCUACUUCUUCGGCUACAUGAUCCAUCGUCUGCUCCAGUGUGUGCUAGGGCGCCGAGACGAGGAUGAUCGUGAUCACUUCGGCAAGAAGAGGCUGGAUCUUGCUGGGCCGUUGAUUGCCAACUUGUUCCGUAUUCUCUUCUUGAAGCUGACUAAAGACAUCUACAAGUACCUCCAGAGGUGUGUGGAGAACAACCAAGACUUCAACAUCCAGAUGGCUGUCAAGGCCAGUAUCAUCACAAACGGGUUGAAAUACUCGUUGGCGACGGGAAACUGGGGUGAUCAGAAGAAGGCCGCCUCGGCCAAGGCUGGUGUGUCCCAGGUGCUGAACCGAUACACAUACGCUUCGACUUUGUCUCAUUUGCGUCGAACAAAUACUCCCGUCGGUCGUGAUGGCAAGCUUGCCAAGCCUCGUCAGCUUCACAACUCUCAUUGGGGGUUGGUCUGCCCUGCCGAGACUCCUGAAGGGCAAGCUUGUGGACUGGUCAAGAACCUGUCCUUGAUGUGCUACGUCAGUGUCGGAAGUGACGCCGGGCCUAUUACAGAUUUCAUGACCCAACGAAACAUGCAACUGCUAGAGGAGUACGAUCAGAACCAAAACCCAGACGCCACUAAGGUCUUCGUGAACGGUGUCUGGGUUGGUGUGCAUUCGAACGCCCAGCAGCUGGUUUCGGUUGUGCAAGAGCUCCGCAGAAACGGAACGCUUUCCUACGAAAUGAGUUUGAUUCGAGAUAUUCGUGACAGAGAGUUCAAGAUCUUCACUGAUGCUGGACGUGUCAUGAGGCCCCUGUUCGUUGUUGAGAACGAUGUUCGGAAACCAACCCGCAACCACCUCGUCUUCAACAAGGAUCACUCCAACAAACUUACGCACGAGCAGGAGUUCUUCAACCCCGCUGGGCUGAGUGAAGAGGACAUUGCAGCCCAAACUUAUGGCUGGAAGGGCCUGAUCCAAGAUGGUGUGAUUGAGUACUUGGAUGCUGAAGAGGAGGAGACAGCCAUGAUCGUCAUGUCACCCGAAGAUCUCGGUGAGUGGCGCGAUAUGAAGCAGGGUCUGCCUGCGAACGAGCGAGCUGCGCUCGGCAAGGACCGUCUCAAGCGCAUCAAGCCAAAGCCAGAUCCGCGCAUUCACGCCUACACGCAUUGCGAGAUUCACCCAGCUAUGAUUCUCGGUAUUUGCGCUAGUAUCAUUCCGUUCCCCGAUCACAACCAGUCGCCUCGUAACACAUACCAAUCUGCCAUGGGUAAGCAGGCUAUGGGUGUCGCUCUGACAAACUACGCGUUGCGCAUGGAAACCAUGAUGAACGUCCUCUAUUAUCCUCAGAAGCCCCUUGCGACGACCCGGUCCAUGGAAUACCUCAAGUUCCGUGAACUGCCCGCUGGUCAGAAUGCCAUCGUCGCUAUUGCCACGUACUCUGGAUACAACCAGGAAGAUUCCGUCAUCAUGAACCAAAGCAGUAUCGAUCGAGGUCUCUUCAGAAGUUUGUUCUACCGUGCCUACACUGAACAGGAGAAGCGUAUUGGUGUCAAUGUUCUGGAACAGUUCGAGAAGCCAACCCGCGCUGACACAUUGAGGCUGAAGGGCGGUACUUAUGACAAGCUUGAUGACGAUGGUGUUGUCGCGCCUGGUGUACGUGUUUCCGGUGACGACAUCAUCAUUGGAAAGACGGCGCCCAUCGCAACUGAUGCGCCGGAGCUCGGACAAAAGACGACUCUUCAUUCGAAACGUGAUGUGUCAACACCUCUCCGAAGCACGGAGAACGGUAUCGUCGAUCAAGUGCUCUUCACCACCAACACAGAAGGUUUGAGGUUCGUCAAGGUCCGCACACGAACCACAAAGGUCCCGCAAAUCGGAGACAAGUUUGCUUCUCGUCACGGUCAAAAAGGUACUAUCGGUAUUACCUACCGACAGGAAGACAUGCCCUUCACAAGAGACGGUCUCACCCCAGAUCUCAUCAUCAACCCCCACGCCAUUCCCUCGCGUAUGACAAUUGCCCAUUUGGUCGAGUGUCUGCUCUCCAAGGUCGGCGCCAUCACAGGGCAAGAAGGCGACGCUACGCCCUUCACCGACGUAACCGUUGACCAAAUCUCCGAGCUCCUCGAGAACUCCGGCUUCCAGAAGCGCGGCAUGGAAAUCAUGUACAACGGCCACACGGGAAAGAAGAUGCGCACGCAGAUCUUCCUAGGCCCGACAUACUACCAGCGUCUCCGCCACAUGGUCGACGACAAGAUCCACGCCCGUGCGCGUGGCCCCUUGCAAAUCCUCACCCGCCAGCCCGUCGAAGGUCGUGCUCGAGACGGCGGUCUGCGCUUCGGAGAAAUGGAGCGUGAUUGCAUGAUUGCGCACGGUGCCGCCGCGUUUCUCAAGGAACGCUUGUUCUCCGUUUCGGACGCUUAUACGGUCCAUGUCUGCGAUAUCUGCGGCUUGAUGAGCCCUAUUGCUAUGCUGAAAAAGGGCACCUACGAAUGCCGCCCCUGCCAUAACAAAACUCGCAUCUCCCAGAUUCAUAUCCCCUAUGCUGCGAAACUCCUCUUCCAGGAACUCCUCGCUAUGAAUAUCGCUACCCGCAUGUUCACUACCCGCUCGGGGCUUAGCGUGCGCGACUAG